CGCAGUUACCAGUAUUGUUACGACAUGCUCUGAAGUGAAAUUUUGUGUUUUACGUUACUGAUUUGAUGGUAUACUGGGCUUGGUCGGGGGUUUUGGCAUGCUGUGGGUGAGGUGGCAAGCGCUAACGCUGCCAUGGACUUCCUGAGCACCACGCGGUCUGAUCCAGUGUACCACUUUGACUCUGAAAGUGUGGAAGGAGCCACGGAGAUGCUGCGAGAUUUCUGGAGCCAGGCGGUACUGCUGACCCAGUCUAAAGAGUACCAGGGGGCUAGACGUAGUCUGGGCCAGCUUUUCCACUCAUUACAGGACUUCUACAGUCACAGUAACUGGGUGGAGAUGGGUCAGCAAGCAGUGUAUCUCCACCUUCUGCACCCAGAAGAGCCGUCAGUUCCUGUAGCUUCAGCGGACACCCCUACCUGUGCACAAUGCUACAGAUUUAGCUGUUACAACAAUCUGCUGGAGAAAAUGAUUCGUCAGACAGAACCGUUACUGACUACAGGCUAUUUCAGCACUUACCCUGUCAAACCACCAGGCAAGUGCAGUCAUGGUGGAAUUCUGGACAGUAGUCGUCACCAGGGAGCUGAGGGAGGAAUCAACAAAGACAGCACAUCUCCGCUGUUCUCCCCUCAUCACUUCCUCCAUAAAGAAGCUGCCCAUCUGGCUACCACAGCAACCCUCAGAGUGCUCCAAGACCUCCGCAAAGAGGUUGGGCCCAAAAGCUUCCUCAGGCUCUUCAGUGUCCAGCAGCCCCCAGCAUUGGUCUUUGUCAUGGACACCACCGGCAGCAUGUUUGAGGAGAUCACAGCUGCACGUUACCGAGCCUUCUCCAUCAUACAAGCCCGUGAAAAGAGCCAACGCACUAGUCUGCCUGGCACCUUCAUUCUGGUGCCUUUUCAUGACCCUGGUUUUGGGCCGGUGAUGGAGACAGAUGACCCUCAUCAGUUCAUGCAAUACAUGGAGGAUCUGACGGCUCUUGGAGGUGGGGAUGAACCAGAGAUGUGUCUUUCUGCUCUUCAGUUGGCUCUGACCCAUAGCCCUCCACUGUCAGAGAUAUUUGUAUUCACAGACGCCUCUCCUAAAGACCAUCAUCUGCAGAGAGCGGUCCAGGCUCUCAUACUGGAGAAGCAAACAAAGGUGAACUUCUUGCUCACUGAGGAUCCAAACCUCAAAGGAAGAGAAAGAGGAUGA